UCCUCUCCAAAAUUGUGCGAUUUCUCUUCUCACUUCUCAAAAAGAAAGAGCAGAGGCAGAGACGACUGAGUAGAACCUGGAUUCUGGUUCGGCUAAUUGACCAUUAUACCCCUCGAGCUCGUCUUCUUCGUCAAGGUAAUCUUCGAUUUCAGAUGGAAUUCGUAGAACUCUAGAUUAAAAUUUGCUUAAUAGCCGAUAGUUUGAUGGGUUUUUGCGAUUUUGCGAAUCCGAGGCUCGCGGCGGUGAGAUUUUCGUCUUUGAAUUUAGAGUUCUCGAGUCUGCUUAGUUCCUUUAAGUGUCAGGGAUGAUGAAGAAACAUCAAUUUUGGAUUAAACUCAAAUAUGAACUCUUUAGUUCAUUAUAGCACAAGUGUUGUAGUUCGUAAAGCUUCUCGCUUUCUCUUCACAUCGAGGAGAUUUUGCAGUGGUAGCAUCGGUGGUGAUGUAACCGAUAAUGGCAUCGAAGAGCCCUUGAAGAUUUCCUGGGAAUCUUCGGAGAUGGAUUGUGGGUUUGACGAGGAGGAACAUGGUGAGAAAAUCUCUGUUAGAAGAAGGUUUAUGGAGAGUGCUAAGCUCGGUGCGUCUCGGGUUCUCGAUACUUUACAGCAAGAUUGUCCCGGUUUCAAUACGAAAUCAGCUUUAGAUGAUUUGAAUGUUACAAUCUCAGGGCUUUUAGUGAGAGAGGUUCUUGUUGGGAUCUUAAGGACACUGAGCUAUGAUAAUAAGACAAGAUGUGCUAAGCUAGCUUACAAGUUCUUUGUAUGGUUUGGUGGACAAGAGAAUUUCAGGCACACUGCGAAUUGUUAUCAUUUACUUAUGAAGAUCUUUGCAGAGUGUGGUGAGUAUAAAGCCAUGUGCAGGCUAAUUGACGAGAUGAUCAAAGACGGUUAUCCAACAACGGCAUGCACGUUUAAUCUGUUGAUAUGUACUUGCGGUGAAGCAGGCCUUGCGAGAGAUGUCGUGGAGCAAUUCAUCAAGUCGAAAACUUUCAAUUACCGACCUUACAAACACUCUUAUAAUGCCAUUCUGCAUUCUUUGCUAGGGGUGAAACAGUACAAGCUGAUUGAUUGGGUUUACGAGCAGAUGUUAGAAGACGGGUUUUCGCCGGAUGUUCUGACUUACAACAUUGUAAUGUUUGCAAACUUUAGGUUAGGGAAAACAGAUCGGCUUUACAGAUUACUCGAUGAAAUGGUUAAAGACGGGUUUUCUCCUGAUUUAUAUACAUACAAUAUCCUCCUCCACCAUCUAGCAACGGGAAACAAGCCUCUCGCCGCUCUUAACCUACUAACUCAUAUGAGGGAAGUUGGAGUAGAGCCCGGUGUGAUCCAUUUCACUACUCUGGUAGACGGGCUAAGCCGAGCUGGGAAGUUAGAAGCUUGCAAAUACUUUAUGGACGAAAUGGUGAAAGUUGGAUGCACGCCAGAUGUUGUUUGUUACACUGUUAUGAUCACAGGGUAUAUAUCAGGUGGGGAGCUCGAGAAAGCAGAAGAAAUGUUCAAAGAAAUGACAGAAAAGGGUCAACUCCCUAAUGUUUUCACAUACAAUUCGAUGAUCCGCGGGUUUUGUAUGGCGGGGAAAUUCAAAGAGGCGUGCUCGUUGCUCAAGGAAAUGGAGUCAAGAGGGUGUAACCCUAAUUUUGUGGUGUAUAGUACACUGGUGAACAAUCUAAGAAACGCAGGGAAGGUUUUAGAGGCUCACGAGAUAGUAAAAGACAUGGUGGAGAAAGGGCAUUAUGUUCAUCUUAUUUCAAUGUUUAAAAAAUAUAGAAGAUCUUAGUUUUUGUUUCAAAAGGCAAUUUUGUGAUUUCGAUUAAUCAGAUGUUUUUUUUUCCUCACGUCUCAUGUUCCUUUCUCAAACAUGUUGUGCA